UGUUGGCGUUGUAGAUUUGACCAGGGAGGAGGGUGGGCAGCUCGUACGUCCUGCCUCCGGGCUCAUCGAGGAGGCACUCCCCAUAGCCGGUGCUGAAAAAACAAAAAGUAAGAAUGCGGGUACAGUAGAUGAAGAAAAUAUUAAUAGAAGACGCACACACACACACAAGCCACACUUUCAUUUUAACAUUUUCAGGAUAAUCCAGUAUUUUCUAACCCAAAAAAAGUAUCAAAACGUGUCAUCUCUUUCAUAAGAGGGCAAAGUAAACCAUCCUCAGAUGUGUUUUCCCCCUGUGGGUGGUCUGUGAAGUUACCCAACAGAGCGACUGAUAUCACUUCCCCUCAAUGGCCUGUGAGUAAAUGCUGCCACUAUGAAACUGGAGUCCGGCGCCACGGACUGAAUACAAAAGCGUUUUGACACAGACUGAAAAGAUUCUGCACGCCGUCCGCGUUUUUAUCUGUGCAGAAGAAGGAUAAAAAAAGCAGAAUUUGGAGAAUCCUACAGCACCUGAUUAAGUUACAUAAAUCGUAGCCAGCGCCAGCAUUGCGGCGUAAUGACAGAGUGCGCGGCGCCGCACCCUGAGCCACGACGCAGCAGCGGAGACAACAAAAGCACAGCUGGACCGAAUGUUUGCGCCGACGUCCUGCGUGUAAAGGCGUCGGCCGUCACGCCGGUGAAAAGGCACAAAGUCAAACACGUUAGCGGAGCUCAAAAGGAUCUCUUGUUUACUUUUGAGAAAGGAGACUGGCUGAUGAGACGCGUAUUGAUGUGCAAUUACACAACAUGCCUGCGCCGCUCGGACAAAUUUGAUCCGCUUCUAAAACACCUGCUCCACGCACGGGCCGGCUAACGUGACGGGCCAAUAUUUACACCGGAUUCUCCACGGUUACGGUGACUUGCUUCUUUCCACGUUUAUUUCCAUAAUGUCAUAAACUGCAGCAAACAGUCAGGGGAGAGAUCGCAUGAGAGGAAUAAACCCACAGUGGAGGAGACUGUGAAUGAAAACCAUGGAGCAGCCUACAGACAUUCCCAUAUUACAGCAUCUUUCAUCAGUUGGUCAUCUGUCUAAUCUGGAACCUAAUGGAAUGAUUAUUAAGACCAGGACGGACAGACAGACGGAGGAAGAAAGGUUCCUCCAGAACACAAGGAUGGCUUUGAUCUUCACGGUGAUUCUCUGCCUCUUUUUUCAGGCUGGGAGCACCAAGUUUCCGUGUGGCAAAGAACCAACCAACAGACCAGACGUGUGGGCUUCUGACAUGACGGAGGGACAAACCGGCAGACUGACAUAUUAUGAUGGCAUGGUUGUCAAGAACACUUUCACCUUGACCGUGAGAUUUCCGCCUCAGAUCCAAAAUGGUGCCCAGUGCAUGGUGAAAGGGAAGCUGGUGGUCUGCGUGUGCAUCAGUCGGGGGAAUCCUCUCCCACUGGUCAACUGGCAUUGUGCCUCUCUCACAAACUACUCAGUCACCAGCUGGAGCCGCAGCCACACCGUCCACAGCACCAUCACGAUGCUCGCUGCCGACCACAACGACGUCGAAUGCGUCAGCAUUAACGAACUGGGCCAGAACCGUACUGUGAUCCUGCUCCGGAACUACACUGACAACGGAGUAUUUUUUUUUCAUAUCCGCUUCCUCUCUGUUUCUGUUGCCACCAUGCAAGACUUUACCUCUAAAGAAAAUCCAUAACAAGACAGUUCACACUUUAAAGAUUCAUAUCAGAAUGUCUUAUUUGUUGCAAGGCAAAUUUAAGUUAUUGCUGCUUUUUUUAAAUACCAAAAUAAGCAUGAUGCAGCAAAGGGCAAGGAGUGGUAGACACUCAUGUAAAAGUGUUUUAAACUAUCUACAUUAACUACUGUGUUGUUUGAUACUAGAAUGGUAGCCAGAGGAUUUAGAGAUUUCAUUGAUGACACUAAAUGUUUACUUGCUGUUGACCUGCUGUUGGUAACAUUGUUUUUUAAUAAAAGUUCAAACUAUGAAUUUCUUUCGAUGGGUCUGACGCUAUGAAUCCCGAUUCGGAUGCAGCCCUUCCUUGGAUAAUAGCUGGCGUGUCUUUAAGUGUGAAUCUGGCCCUCCUCGCCACCCUGAUCAGCUGCACUUACAGACGGGUUAAGACUCAACAGGCGGAACCGUGUGAAGAGAAGACGUACGCUUCCUUGGAUCAAGCGGAAUAUAGUGUUAUUACACCGCAUGCUAGGGCUAUGCGAGGUCCUAGGGUGGCACGUGCCACCCAAGAAAUCUGAUUGGCCAUCUUUUAUAUUCAACCACAGGAAUUUUAGAAACCGUAAAAUACUGUAAUGUCAGUAAUAAGCAAGUAGUGGAGACAGAAAUGGUGAAUAAAUGCUAUUGAUUUGCUUUUGUGUGCGUGCACAUACUUCAUGCUUAGCCGGCAUAAAUCAGGCCUUCUGCUGGGCCACCCAAGUAAAGGAAGUCUUGACACGCCACAGCCCAAAGCGGGUCCUACUGCUUGUUGAGACCCAAUUGCUUAAGUCUUUGAGUUAUGUAUUGUUUCAUACUGUAUAUUCUUUUUCAAUAAAUCUUUGAACU